AUGUCUGGAAAUCUUGUUGGGGUUAACACCCCUGCUGGUUCCUCCCCCUCAAUUAGGUUUAAUGAUCUAUUAGUGAAUUGGAAGGGGUCAAUACGAGGUCUCUCAAGCCGCAACCUCAAUCUCUACACUUUGUUGGACUUGUCAAUGAACCAACUUUUUGGGGAAAUUCCAGCUUCAUUAGGUACUUUGAAGGCUCUAAAGACUCUCAACAUCUCACAUAACAACAUUUUUGGGAAGGUACCAACAAGUCUUGGUGAUUUAGUUGAUAUACAGAGUUUGGACUUGUCACACAACAAACUAUGGGGCUCAAUUCCGCAAUCAUUAGAAAAGCUUCAACAGCUAGCAAUUUUGGAUGUGAGUAACAACAAUCAUACAGAUAAGAUUCCAAUUGGUGGCCAAAUGAUUACAAUGAAUGAUCCAAAUUCUUAUGCCAACAACAGUGGGUUAUGUGGGAUGCAAAUUCAGGAUCUAUGUCCAGAGGACUUGCCACCAACAAAUUUACCGAAGGAUGAGAGUAAGGAGACAUGGUUCAAGUGGGAAGGGGUAUGGAUUGGAUACUUAGUUGGUUUCUUUGUAAUAGUGGGAAGCUUAUAUAUUAAUGGAUAUUUUGUCCUUGUUCCUUCUACUCGCCGCCGUCAACACAUACAGCAAACAAAAUAA